AAGUGAAACAGUGGAUGCAGUGAUAUAAUAGGACGACGCGUUUCAUACCCAAACAGUAUUCGCAUGAAGGGUGAAACGAUGGAUGAAUAUCCUUAUCCCAUCACUAUUGACGUCAGUUGGACAAACUCUGUCUCUAAAGGGAUACAGAACAAGCUUCAGAUUUAUUUUCAAAGUAAAAAGAAGUCGAGUGGAGGGGACUGCUUGGUGCACUACGAGGAUCAACGCUCCACUAGAGCAACUGUUUAUUUCAAAUCUGAGGAUGUCAGGGAAAGCGUUCUAUCGAGAGAUAACCACGAAAUUACUGUAGACAAGGAAACUGUGAAGUUGCGCUUGUCAUCCUCGGUGGGAAAUCUGAAAGAGGCUUGCACUCUGUCGCUUGGUGCUACAAGCAAUGAAUUGUCAGAUGUGUCAAGUGAAGCACAGGAAGCUCCCAACUCUGAGAGUGGGCAUGGAGAGGGAGGUGGAGCUGAGGUGUCUCCUCAGAGCUCUGCUGUGGUGCUGGAGAGAGUUCCUGAGAGCAUGCCGAGAGAGAUGCUGACAUUGCUGGUGGAGACCCUCUCUGGCCUGGAGGAGGACAACUUCUCCCUGGAGGUCAUCAGUGAGACCAACAGAGCUGUUGUGACCUUCAAUAAUCCCAAAGAUGUGGAGCGGUUCCUUACUGAGAGCAAGAGCAACAAGAGUUUCCAGAAGCAGGGUUUGAUUGGCCGGUUGCUAGAGAGGUGCCAGAGUGUGAGAGUGGAGAACCUGGCCUCCAACAUACUUCAGGAUAUGCUGGAGCUCUACAUUGAGAAGUGGGCUGGCCCAGCAAAGGACAUCACUGUGUUUCGUGAGGAACAGGCAGCCAUUGUCACCUUCCACACACCAGAAGUUGUGCACACCACUCUAAAUAAACGUCUUGUAAUUGGCAAAGUCCCAGUCAACGUGUAUCCAUACUACGAGUCCUUAGGAACUGCCUUGUAUGGAAAGGAGAGGCCAAUGUGGAAGAUGCCUGACCCCUUCAUAGAGUGUGUGCAUUCUGCCGUAUGGAAAUUCCUCUCCAUGAAGAGACAGUUUUCCCGCAUCACUGACCAGAUGAAGGCCCACUUCUGUCAAGUAGACAUGGAUACUCCUGAGGUUAAACUCAGUCCUUUGCCAACCCUGCUAAGGCAGAAAGGACUAACAAGCAAACAUGUAGAUGGAUGGAAGCAGAAUGCCUUGAUCGUCUUCCGUGACAUCAUGGCCAAAUAUGCUGUGUUUGAGUGUUUUGUAAGUGCCCCAGCGUGGAAGGCAGUGGAGAAAGAAGUCCGCUCGGUGGUGAAAGAGGAUGCUGUCUUAGCUAUGGAUGCCUCCAAAGGGUCUCUGACAGUUUCAGGUCUGGCCGAAGACACAAAGCGACUCCAGGUGCUGGUGGAAGAACUCAUGCAGAGGGCCAUGAGUCAGAUAGAGAGGCAGAGAGGCGAUGAUGAAGAUGGGGAGAAAGGAUUUGGCCCAUCAUCCUGCUGUGAGGUGAGGACACACAAUGGAAUCCUGGUCUCUGUCAGUAAGGCUGACAUCUGCAAGUUCAAAGUGGACGCAGUAGUCAAUGCAGCCAAUGAAGACCUGCAGCAUAUUGGAGGCCUGGCUUUAGCACUACUCAAGGCUGCUGGUCCUCGGCUGCAGGAGCUCAGUGAUCAACAUGUCCGUAAUAACCGCCGACUGCAGCCAGGCGACGCCAUUGUGACAGAUGCAGGCAAUCUACCCUGUAAGUAUGUGGUCCAUGCGGUUGGUCCACGGUUCACAGACUUUGACCAGGGAACAGCCAUACAGCGUCUGAAACAAGCUGUGAAUGAGAGCCUGAGGGAGGCUGCAAAGGUUAACUGCUCAACUGUUGCCGUCCCGGCCGUCAGCUCUGGGAUAUUCGGCUUUCCUCUGGACCUGUGCACUGAGACCAUUGCUGUGGCAGUGCGUGACUACUGUGAGAACCUGAGUGGUCAGACCUCCCUGACUGAGAUUCACCUGGUGGACAGCAAUGACAACACUGUGAGAGCCCUGGCCAGCGCUGUCCAGAAAACGUUCAAUGACCUGCACCCAAAAAUGACCAUGCCUCUGCAGGGUGCACAUAGGGGAAAUGGGCAUCGGGGACGCGGGCAACAGGGAAGUGAACGACGGGGAAGAGGACAACAUAGUUACGGACAUCAAGGACCUGGAUAUCAGGGACAGUCACCAUGGGGACAUGGGCAGUGGGGACAAAGCAGAAGAGGGGGAGGAGAAGGUGGAGAUAGAGGUAGAGGUAGAGGGGGAGGAGAAGGUAGAGGGGGAGGAGAAGGUAGAGGAGGAGGUGGAAGUAGAGGAGGAGGUAGAGGAGGAGGUGGAGGUAGAGGAGGAGGUGGAGGUAGAGGAGGGCAUGGAUAUAGGGGAGGAGGAGUUAGAGACAGCAUAACUCAAGGAAAUUAUCAUGAAACCCAAGAGGAGCAGAGGAGAGAGUAUGGCCAAGAGAGGAAGUUUGAGGGGGCAGGCAGUGGGGAAAUCCUACAGACCAAUCGCACACAAGAGGGUCUGAAGAUCAUUCUGAGGAAGGGAAAUAUCCAGGAGGAGUAUUCUGUGGGCAUCGUCAACACCAUCUCUGAGGAUUUGGACCUGAGUAAAGGUGCUGUGUCCAAUGCUAUCCUAAAGGCAGCCGGUCCUGGGCUCCAAUCAGCAGUCACAGAUGAGGCUCGCGUCAACAGAUUGGCCCAUGGUUACAUUGUGGUCACCAACAGUUACAACCUGCGAUGUCAGAGGGUGAUCCAUACUGUCUGCCCCCAUUGGGACCAGGGAGCUGGCUCAGCAGAGAAGAUAUUGAGAAUGAUGAUCAGAGAUUGCCUGAGUGAGGCAGAGAAGCAUAGGCUGGCAUCCCUGUCUUUCCCUGCCAUUGGAACUGGGAACAUGGGAUUCCCUAAGGGCCUGGUGUCCAAGCUUCUUCUGCAGGAGGUCAAAGACUUCAGCCAGAGAAGAAACUCCACACACCUUAAAGAGGUUGCCAUCGUGGUCCACCCCAGCGACACCCAAACUGUGGAUUGCUUUGUCAGGGAAUUCAGAGGUCAGACACAAGGGUAUACUUGGCAGAGUUCACAAGGUUCCGGCCAAUCACAACAUUCCAAAUCUCAUGUAGGCCAAUCACAGCAGCCCUCUGGCGCAGGCUUCUUUGGACAGGUGUCAUCCCCUUCUCUGGGUGUGUACAGCAUGCAGAUUGGUCACAUUACUUUUGAAGUGUCAUCAGGAGAUAUCACCAAGGAGUCCAGUGAUGUCAUUGUCAACUCCUCCAAUAAGGACUUUAACCUCAAAUCAGGUGUAUCCAAAUCAAUUUUAGAAGGAGCUGGAUUGAAGGUGGAGUUGGAGUGCUCAGAGAUUGUCAGAUCCCCAAGCUUCCAACCAUGCAGGAUGAUCGUGACAUCAGCAGGAUCUCUCCCAUGCAAACACAUCAUGCACAUUGUAGGACAGAAUGACCCUGAGAUCAUUAAAGAGACUGUGUACGAUGUUCUCAAGAAGUGUGAGGAGCGAAGGUUCACCUCAGUGUCCUUCCCAGCGCUUGGAACAGGCCAGGGUGGGGCGAGUCCCUCUGCUGUUGCGGACGCCAUGAUUGACGCAGUGGUGGACUUUGUGAAGAAGAAAAUGGGGCCGUUUGUGAGAAGUGUGAACAUCCUGAUAUUCCAGACUGCCAUGGUGACGGAGUUCCACAAGAGCAUGAAGAGGAGAGUGGGAGAGGGAUUGGAGGAAAAGGACAUUUUUACCAGGUAGCAUUGUUUAAAGUGGCUAGUGAUAUAUUUUACAUAAUUUCCCAUCAAUUCCCAUUAUUAAAGUGGCUGGAGUUGAGUCAGUGUGUUGGCAGCAGCCACUCAAUGUUAGUGGUGGCUGUUUAACAGUCUGAUGGCCUUGAGAUAGAAGCUGUUUUUCAGUCUCUCGGUCCCAGCUUUGAUGCACCUGUACUGACCUCGCCUUCUGGAUGAUAGCGGGGUGAACAGGCAGUGGCUCGGGUGGUUGUUGUCCUUGAUGAUCUUUAUGGCCUUCCUGUGACAUCGGGUGGUGUAGGUGUCCUGGAGGGCAGGUAGUUUGCCCCCGGUGAUGCGUUGUGCAGACCUCACUACCCUCUGGAGAGCCUUACGGUUGUGGGCGGAGCAGUUGCCGUACCAGGCGGUGAUACAGCCCGACAGGAUGCUCUCGAUUGUGCAGCUGUAGAAGUUUGUGAGUGCUUUUGGUGACAAGCUGAAUUUCUUCAGCCUCCUGAGGUUGAAGAGGCGCUGCUGCGCCUUCUUCACGAUGCUGUCUGUGUGGGUGGACCAAUUCAGUUUGUCUGUGAUGUGUAUGCCGAGGAACUUAAAACUUACUACCCUCUCCACUACUGUUCCAUCGAUGUGGAUAGGGGGGUGGCUCAGUCACGAUAAUGCGGUCGACAUUUGAUUGUGACGAAUUCUAAAUCAGGUGAACAGAAGGACUUGAGUUCCUGUAUGUUGUUGUGGCCACACCACGUCACAUUAACCAUGAAGCAUACACCCCCGCCCCUCUUCUUACCAGAAAGAUGUUUGUUUCUGUCGGCGCGAUGCGUGGAGAAACCAGCUGGCUGCACCAACUCCGAUAGCGUCUCUCCAGUGAGCCAUGUUUCCGUGAAGCAAAGAACGUUACAGUCUCUGAUGUCCCUCUGGAAUGCAUCCCUUGCUCGGAUUUCAUCAACCUUGUUGUCAAGUGACUGGACAUUGGCGAGGAGAAUGCUAGGGAGUGGUGCACGAUGUGCCCGUUUCCGGAGUCUGACCAGAAGACCGCUUUGUUUUCCCCUUUUACGAAGUCGUUUUUUGGGGUCGCCGGCUGGGAUCCAUUCCGUUGUCCUGGGUGAAAGGCAGAACACAGGAUCCGCUUCGCGAAAGUCAUAUUCUUGGUUGUACUGAUGGUGAGUUGACGCUGCUCUUAUGUUCAGUAGUUCUUCUCGACUGUAUGUAAUGAAACCUAAGAUGACCUGGGGUACCAAUGUAAGAAAUAACACGUAAAAAAACAAAAAACUGCAUAGUUUCCUAGGAACGCGAAGCGAGGCGGCCAUCUCUGUCGGCGCCAUGCACCAGACCUCCAGUACCCCUCCACAGCCGAGGGCAUUCUGUGCCAGCUCAAAGCACUAGGCCUCCAGUGCACCUUCCCAUUCUGGUACGUCCUGUGUCUCCUCCUCACACCUGCCCUGAAGUGUGUGUCACCAGUCCGGUACCACCUGUGCCGGCUCCACACACUAGGCCUCCAGUGAGCCUCCCCAGUCCGGUACGUCCUGUGCAUGCUCCUCGCACUCGCCCUGAAGUGUGAGUCACAGGUCCAGGAACGGUGUCCAGUCCAGCCCCAAGGACGGAGCCUUCCUCUACGCCGGUGCCCAGUCCAGGCAUGGCGUCCGGUUCUGCUUCAUAGCAGGAGACUCCCUCUGCGCCGGUACCCAGUCCAGGCACGGCGUCCAGUCCCGCUCCAGGGCAGGAGCCUCCCACUGCACCGGUGCCCAGUACAGGCACGGUGUCCAGUCCAGCUCCAAGGCCGGAGCAUUCCUCUGCGCCGGUGCCCAGUCAAGGCACGGCGUCCAGUUCCGCUCCAUGGCAGGAGCCUUCCUCUGCGGCAAUGUCCGAUCCAGGCACGGCGUCCAGUCCCGCUCCAAGGCUGGAGCCUUCCCCUGUGCCGGUGCCCAGUCCAGGCACGGCAGCCAACUCAGCUCCAUGGCCGGAGCCUUCCUCGGCGCCGGUGCCCAGUGCGGGUGCGGCGUUCUGCCUGGCUCCAUGGCCAGACCUGUGGUCUGGGAGGGGGCAAAGUCCCGCACCAGAGCUGUCACCGAAGCUAGUGGUUUCGCAAGCAGAGUGGGUACUUAGCCCCGCACUGAAGCCGCCACCGACGCUAGAUGCCCACCCGGACCCUCCCCUAUAGAGUCAGGUUUUGCGGCUGGAGUCCACACCUUUGGGGGUGGGGGUGGGGGGUGGGGGUACUGUCACACUGUGACUAGGGUGGGUAUUUCCAAGUUGGCCUGGUAUGGUUCCCAAUCAGAGGCAGCUGUUUAUCGUUGUCUCUGAUUGGGGAUCAUAUUUAGGCAGCCAUUUCCCCACUGUGUUUUGUGCGAUCUUGUUUAGGUGUAGUUGCCUGUGAGCACUCCAUAGCUUCACGUGUCAUUUGCUCUUUGUUGUUUUUUGUGCGGUUCACUUCUAAUAAAAUGUCGAACUGAUUUCA